GUUUGAUCGGUUGACCACAGUUCACAGAUGUCAGUUUAGUUUAGCGGAACUGUGAUCUCAAGAUGUUGUGUACUCGUUCGUUGAUAAUACUUUUCGUCUCCAGUGGAGUUUUAUGUGAUGGAGAAUCAUUACUGAGCUCGUGGAACCCGUGCGGCCAUAGAUAUGAUCCGGAUUGCUUGCUGAAUUCCACAGCAAAAUUCUUAGAGAAUACUGCCAAUGGAUCAUUACUGACCCCGUGCGGUAGAGAUGAUCCGGAUUGCUUGCAGAAAUCCACAGCAAAAUUCUUAGAGAAUACUGCCAAUGGUUUACCUGCUUACGAUAUCAGAAGAAUUGAUCCACUAUCUAUUCCUUCGCUGGAUUAUGACUUGGACAACGGUCUCAUUCUGCAUUACAAGAACUUAACCGUAAAAGGACUGAAAGAUCAGGAACUGUCGCAGUUCAGAAUAGAUAUCAAUGAAAAAGGAGUUAAAUUCCAAACAAAAGCGAACCUCACCGCUGAAGGUGAAAUAGUAAUUGAAAUUAACAAAACAGGACGAUCAUUUUCAGGACCCUUUUCAAUUAAAGGAAUUGCGCUCGGGACAAUGAGGUAUGGCUACGGGAUCUCAACUGACGACAAAGGCGUUCAACACUUCGUAGUUGGCCCAGAAACCAUUUCAUGUCAAGCCGUUGGCGAGCCAGACGUACAGCUGAACUCUGAAUUAAAGAAGGCUAUUGCAGAAGGUACUGAAGUGAACAAAGGUGAAGACUAUAAAACAAAAUGUCUGGAGAUGAGACAAAAGAUUCUAUGCAGCAUUGUUGACGAAGCGUAUGUGAGUGUUGUCCACAACAUAAGGGCAUCUGCGAAGAUUUUACCCAAAGAAGCCUUCUUAACUGGCGUUUAAGGUUUUGUGCAUUAUUGAAUAAUUGCAAUAAAAUUAUUCAAGAAAACAUAA